GAACAAGAAUUUACCUUCAAUAUUUUAUUUCACAUAAAUUUACAUGGUAUCAGAGCAGUUGACGUGACCCAAUCGGGAAGAUGGCCGAAGUCUCAACGGACAACCCCUUCUCAAAAGGAACCGGCGAAGAAGAAUUCGUGAGGGUAAGCCCUUACGAACUAAGAUCAGCAGAUACACCUGCAUUAGUAAUCACCCAGAUCAAAUUGACGGGUGACAACUACGAAGAAUGGGCUCGGGCCGUGCGCAUUGCACUCCGUGCCAAAAGAAAACUUGGAUUCAUUGAUGGGACGAUUCCGUUGCCCGAAGACAACGAAGAAAAGGCUGAAGAAUGGUGGAUCGUGAACGCGAUGUUGGUAUCAUGGAUCUUCAACACCAUAGAUGGCACACUCCGAAACUCGAUCACACAAGUGGAAGAAGCAGCAGAACUAUGGAACGACAUCAAGGAGCGGUUUUCGGUAGCCAACGGACCGCGUGUCAAUCAACUCAAAAAAGAGUUGGCAUGCUGCAAACAAAGUGGACAGCCCAUUGCCACUUAUUUCGGAAAACUGAAGAAUAUAUGGGAUGAACUGGGGACGAUCGAGAAACUCCCUAUGUGCGCCAAAUGUCGGGCCUGCAAGUGUGGGACCAUCAAGACAAUCGAGACACAAAAGGAGGAUGAAAAAGUGCACCAAUUCUUGAUGGGACUCGACAACGAAGGAUAUAGCGGCGUGCGAUCCAAUAUUCUGAGCACCACUCCGCUCGCAUCCCUUAACCGUGUUUGCUCGACUAUUAUACAACAAGAAGGAGUGCUUAAAGUGACCACCCAGGACGAGGAGAAAAACCCGGUCAGCUUUGCCGUUCUCAAUCGAACUGAUCGGGACGUAACGAAGGAAGUGAAAUGCAAACAUUGUGGGAUGACUGGACACGAGGUGAGCAGCUGUUUUCAGUUAAUUGGAUAUCCGGACUGGUGGGGUGAUCGACCCCGCGGACAGUUCACUGGACGAGGAGGAGGCCGAAGUGGACGCGCGGGAGGACGACAUGGUGGCAGAACCAGAGCACCAGGCGGACGCAAUAACCGGAACACAGGGACUGGUUUUGGAACCAAUACUGCAGCCCACACUGCUCGAACAGAAGGAAGCAGCACGAAAGAACCUUUUACCUCUGAACAAUGGAGUUCCUUGAUGAAACUGAUAAAAGAAAAGGAAAUUCCUCUUGAUAACCAAUUUUCAGACGACACGGCUGACAUCUCCCUCGCCAACGACGACGACGAGGAUCAGCCGGCGUCCCUCGUCACACGUCCACCUCCACAGCCAACGUCGCUUCCUGAGUCUGUCAAUCAAUCCACACCCGAGUCUAGCCCUGAUCAUACCAUUGAAACCCCUACCGAUACCACACCCGAGUCUGCCCAGUCUCCUCCCGUUCCUUUGCGCCGUAGUACCCGUGAUAAACAACCUUCUACGCGACUUCGUGACUUCGUGGUUCACGCCAUUCAAGGACCCUCGAGUGCCUCUCUGCCUCCAACCACGUCUUCAGAAACAUUUGGGACGUCAGGAAGUGACGUUGUUGUCCUUUAUGAUUCUGGGGAUGUCAAGCGUGCUGGCAUGAUUUUCUUCUUAUUGGUUCUCUGGAGUUGUUUGCUUGGCGUUGUUAAUGCUUUGAGCUUGACCGAUUCUUUUGAUGCUCCAUUCAUAAAGAAACUCAUCGGUGCUCCACUUUCUUCACCAAAUCUAGCCCUUAGGGUUGGGGACCUGAUUGUUCAGAUCGUGAAAGACACAGCCGCACACACUGGUCCACUUGUGGAAAAUUUAAGCAAUGAACCACAUGUCGAAGAUGACAUGAAAAGUGGGUCCUAUAUCUUGGGUACCAAUAAGUCACUCACGAUGGAGGAAAUUGUUGUUCAUCCGAUAGGUAUUUCCGAUGAUGCUUUUAUUAUUGUUACUGAUCCCGUUCCCACAGACGAUGUUGAUGAGGAUGCAACCACCAAGACCGCGAGGAAGUUUUUGGGGACAAUCUGAUUGUUUAUGGAUGCACAGAAAGCUUUGGAAUGCCUUAUGCUGAUCGAGGUUAUUGUUAUUUGUAAAUUAGGAAGUAUUGCACCUGGUUGCAUUCUUUUCAUCGGGUUUGUUGCAUGCAAUUAUUUAACUCAUGUUGGAGAUGUUGUAGGU